UCUCGUGCCAUGUGUGACAAAAAGACCAGGCAUAUCGUGGAGCUCAAGCUACGGAAUCCACAACCAGGUGUUGUUAAAGAUGAUGGGACAACUUACAAUCUUGGGGGUGAGUUAAAUCCUUCAUUGCUCAAUCUGAAGCAUUUACACCACUUAGAUUUGAGCUUGAACAAUUUUGGAGGACAAACAAUACCUGAAUUCUUUGGUUCACUAGAGAAGUUACGGUACCUUAAUCUCUCUGGUGCUGCGUUUGGAGGGUAUGUCCCUCCAAAUCUAGGUAAUCUUUCAAACUUGCAUUAUCUUGAUCUUAACACAAAUUUUUAUGCAUCACAAGAAGGUGACUUGAAAUGGAUCACCAAUCUUUCCUCUCUGCAAUACCUUAAUUUGGGAGGUGUGAACCUCAGCAGUACUUCAGACAAUUGGCUACAAAUCAUUGGCACGAUGCCUUGCCUUUCUGAGCUGCAUCUCCCUUCUUGUGGACUCUCCGUACUGCACCAAACCCCCUCUUCUGUUAAUUUUUCUUCACUCCGGGUUCUUGAUCUCUCCAAUAAUGGCUUCAACUCCUCACUACCUAAUUGGUUGUUUGAGCUCCAAAAGCUUGAAUACCUUGAUCUCAACUCUAACAAUCUUGGAGGCAAUUUCCCAGCAGAAUUUUCUAACAUGACUUCCCUCCAGAUGCUUGAUUUGUCCGAGAAUUCAUUUAUUCCAGGUCAGAUACCAAUAUCUUUAGGGUAUCUUUGCAAUCUAAAAACGUUGGUCUUGUCUAAUAACAGCCUCAUUGGUGAGGUAACCGAGUUCUUUGAUGUUCUGUCUAUGUGCAACAACAGUAGCUUAGAGACACUAGAUUUGGCGCGAAACCAACUAGGCGGUUUCCUUCCCAGCUCACUUGGACACUUCAAAAAACUGAAGCAUCUUCAACUAUGGGAGAAUUCCUUUGUGGGUUCAAUUCCGGAUUCAAUUGGGAACCUGUCAUCAUUGGUGGAAUUCUACCUGACUGACAACAGGAUGAACGGAACUAUACCGGAGAGUCUAGGAAAAUUAUCAGAACUAGUUGCACUGGAUAUCUCAGAAAAUUCAUGGACCGGUGUUGUUUCAGAAGCUCAUUUCUUCAAUCUCACCAGCUUGAAAGAUAUGGUAAUUGCCAAGUUCUCCUUGUCUCCAGACCUCACCCUGUUCUUCAAUGUGAGUCCUGGUUGGAUUCCCCCUUUCAAGCUUGAAUUCCUCAAGCUGAGAUCAUGCCAGGUUGGCCCCAAAUUUCCCGGAUGGCUCAGAAACCAAGAUCAGCUAAGUACUGUUGUUCUUCGGAACACAAAAAUUUCAGAUACAAUACCUGAAUGGUUCUUGGAAUUGGGUUUGUCCCUGGAUGAACUUGAUCUUGGUUAUAACCAAUUAAGUGGGAGAAUUCCAAACUCACUGAAGUUUCGUCCUCUAUCAAAAGUUCUCCUCCACCGGAAUUGCUUUCAGGCUCCUCUGCCGCUGUGGUCUGCAAAUGUAAGUGAACUGUACUUGAACAACAACUUAUUUUUUGGCCCCAUCCCUACGGACAUUGGUGAAAAGAUGUCACUGUUGAUGGUCAUAGAUAUCUCCAACAACUCUCUGACUGGAGCUAUCCCUUCCUCCAUCGGUAAUCUGACUACUUUGCUAUCUCUCAUCGUCUCCAACAAUUAUCUCUCUGGUAGAACUCCAGAAGUCUGGGAUAAUCUUCCAUUUCUGUUAUAUCUGGACAUGUCAAACAACUGUUUAUCUGGAAAGAUACCAAGCUCCAUUGGCUCUCUGAGUUACCUCAGAUUCUUGAUGCUGAGCGACAAUCGUCUUUCUGGGAAAAUUCCUACAGCUUUGCAAAACUGCUCGAACAUGGGCACCCUUGAUUUUGGAAACAAUGAACUGACAGGAAAAAUACCUGAGUGGUUUGGAGAAAGGAUUCCAACUCUUCUGAUACUGCGCCUCCGAUCAAAUUUCUUUCAUGGAGAUAUUCCGGACGAAUUAUGCAACCUCUCCGGUCUUCACAUACUGGACCUGGCAGAAAAUAAUCUAUCGGGAUCAAUUCCACCAUGUGUAGGGAAUUUGAAGGGCAUGGCAAUGGAUCUUCAGUCUGUAAGAUAUGAAGGACAGUUGUGGGUGGCAACAAAAGGAACGGAAUACUUUUAUACUACCAGUGUACUCUACCUUGUGAACAGCAUUGAUCUCUCAAGCAACAGGCUAGGCGGGGAGGUACCGGAUCUGAGGAAUCUUUCGAGAUUAGUCACAUUGAACUUGUCCCGAAACCAUCUGACUGGGAAGAUCCCUGAGAGCAUCGGGAGCUUGCUGCGUUUGGAAAGCCUAGACCUGUCCAGGAAUCAACUUUCUGGCCUCAUCCCACCCAGCAUGGCUGCUUCCACAUUUCUGGCUCACUUGGACCUCUCAUACAAUAACCUCACCGGAGAAAUCCCAACUAGUAACCAGUUUCAAACCUUCAAUGAUCCGUCCAUUUAUGAGGGUAAUCCCGGCCUUUGUGGGGUCCCUCUACCAACCAAGUGCUCCGGGGACGAUGGUGAGGUACCUCCUUCUCCAACAGGAAGAAAACAAGAAACGGAAGGUGCAGAUAGGAAGGAACAGAUGGGGCUUUAUAUCAGCGCUGCUCUGGGUUUCAUUGUGGGGUUUUGGGGAGUUUGUGGAACACUAGUGAUAAAGAAUUCCUGGAGGCUUGCUUAUUUCCAAUUUGUCAACAACAUGAAAGAAAGGAUAAUUAUCCUUGUCUCGGUGGUGUUAGCUCGCUUAAGAGGAUUGAUAAACCCCCGAGGAUAAGAGGACAGAUCUCGUGUUGGAUUUUGUAACAUGAAAUAAUCUAAAAAUGGAAUG